CUGCCAGCGACCACAGCCGCAAGCCCCGCGUUUCGCGCCGCGAGAACCCAGCGCUCGGCCCCAGCGCUCGCAUGGCGGCCCAGGAGGGCGGCCUCAUCCUGCCCGCGGCGGCGUCGCUCGUCGACCAGCUCGACAAGAAAGUCCUGAUCAUCCUGCGCGACGGGCGCAACCUCGUCGGCGUCAUGCGGUCCUUCGACCAGUUCAGCAACGUCGUCCUCGAGGACACGUACGAGCGGCGCGUCGUCAUCCCCGACGACGAGUCGCAGCCGGCGGUCUACGGCGACGUGCCCCUGGGCCUCUACGUCAUCCGCGGCGACAGCGUCGUGCUCCUCGGCGAGGUCGCCGAGGAGCUCGAGGCGUCCGAGGACCACCCGCGGCAGCUGCCCAUCGAGGACGUCGUCGCGCUGGAACGGAGCGGCGCGGGCACGACGGCCGUCGUCUGGGACAUCGAGGACCUGUAGGGUCGCCCGCGGCGCCGCGCCCCGACGACCGCGCGCGCGCCGCGUCCCGUCGAAGCGCUUCGAUCCCGGAGAGAGAGCAACCGAACCCCAGCAGAUGCGCGUGGCCACCGGCGAUGACGCAAGCAUCCAACUCUUUUUGCGGUUGCGAGAGACAUCGACUCGCCCGACGCCCGCCCUCGCUUCGCCUCUCCUGUGUAGUAGUAUCUUCUAUAGCCGUG